CUUCUUCCUUAGCGAUUUGGGUUGUAAAGCCAUGGAGCACCUUGUUUCAAGCUGGUAUAACGAUCGAUCCUUGCCAGAAUCGUAUACACUCCCACCAGAGGAUAGAACAGGGAUGCUCCCCCUAGGCAAAAAUAUUCUAGUGGUUGAUCUUGGGACUCAUGAUCAAACCGAUAUACUUCAACAUAUUUUGGAAGCUAGCCAAGAGUUUGGAAUGUUUCAGGUGAUCAACCAUGGAGUCCCUAGCAACUUAAUAAAUGAGGCCAUGAGUGUUUUUAAGGAGUUUCAUGCAUUAUCUGCCGAGGACAAGGCAAUCGAAACUUCAAAGGAUCCCAGUAAGAGCUGCUACAUGUAUACAAGCACUCAAAGUUAUGCAACUGAAAAGUUUCGCUUCUGGAGGGAUGGAUUGUUACACCGUUGUAAUCCUCUAGAGAAAUACAUCCAAUUUUGGCCUGAAAAACCACCUAAAUAUCGACAAGUUGUUGCGAUAUAUACAGCUGAAUUAAGGAAGGUGGGCUUUAGGAUUUUGGAGUUCAUUUCUCAAGGCUUGGGAGUCAACCCUGAUCAUUUUAGGGGUGAACUCGGUGAAAAUCAAACAAUGUUGGUCAAUCACUAUCCGCCAUGCCCAGACCCAAGUUUAACCUUGGGUUUGUGCAAACAUAGAGACCCUGUUGUCAUUAAUAUUCUUCUUCAAAAAGAUGUAUAUGGACUGGAAGUCUUCAAGGAUGAGGAAUGGAUUGGUGUUGAACCUAUUCCUUACGCAUUUGUGGUUACCCUAGGUGUGCUGAUGCAGAUUAUUAGUAAUGGGAAGCUGAAAGCUGCUGAACAUCGAGUGGUGACAAAUUCAAAUUUAGCUUGGACAAUUGCUGCCUUCGCUCUUGAUCCAUUUAAUGAAACACUUAUAGAACCAGCAAAAGCUUUGGUUGAUACAAACAACCCCGCACUUUAUAAGUCCUUAUCAUACAAAGACUUUCUUAUCAAAUACAGAGUUGCUGCCUCCUAUGGUACAACAUUUGAGGAGCUUUUAAUUGAUUAGUGGUUUGAGAAUUGUUGGGUUCUAAGACUUUAGGUUUAAAUGUAUUAGAACUUCAAUUUGUAAUGUUGGCAAAUCAUGAUUAAAACGUUUUAGUCUUUGUUUUAGACUUGCUCGAAGUGUGUUUAUAUGUAAAGUUGGAAUCGAGUAUUCUACAGAAUUUACUGUGUAAAUUUUCCUGGCUCGAUCGAUCGAGAAUUAGACUUGAUCGGUCGACGCUCGUGCAGAUUGUUUUUCUGUAGAAUUUUUUAACUCAGCCUAAGCCCGUUUGACGUGUAGGGUUUUAUGUUUUACCUCAAGUAUAAAAGGGAAAACCCUAGCCACGUUUUAGGUUGCUCCUUAUGUUGUGUGUGUGAAUCUUUUGUGAGAUCAAGAGGUGGUUGCCUUCACACAUACUUGGGUUUCCAAGAUUCAAGAUUAUGUCAAGAACUUGGUGAUCGAAUCAGUUGCUGCAUUCAAGAGCUUAAUGAUACACAAGCGAGUGUGCUUGUGCUUGCUGGGAAUUCAAGAGAGAAGUAGCCCGUGGACUUGGAGCUGUCACGUGAUCGAGGUAGUAAGUUUCCUACUCGAGGUAGCAAUAGGAUGUUAGUGGUCUAAGUCGCAAUUGUGUAAAUUUCAAUUCUUUCAUAGUGAAUUCUGUUUUACCUUGAGGAUAGCUAGGUUAAAUUCUCCUCAGGUUUUUUACCAGUUUGGUUUUCCUGGGUCAUCAUAUCUUUGUGUUCUUUAUUUUUCGCACUUUACAUUGAUACGAUAUAUUUGUGUUAGCCUAGAUUUGUUAAUUUACCUAGGUUAAUCACUUUGCUAAAUAACUAGGUUAAUCUGGUUGUGUUUUAAGGGGUCUAAAAACAAACAAGUGGUAUCAGAGUAGGUAGCUCUCUUGUUGUAGAUCUUUUGAUCUAAGUGCUGAUCCUUGACCCCUGUUGUCAUGGAACACGGACACUCUCUUGUUAUUCCACCUCACUUUUAUGGGAAUAACUAUGCUUAUUGGAAAGUAAGGAUGAAAGCAUUCCUGAAAUCUAUUGAUGAGAGAGUUUGGAAUUCCGUUGAAUACGGAUGGGAGAAGCCCACUACUCUUGUGAGUGAGUGGCAAACUUCUCAGAAAGAAGAAGCUGCUUUUAAUAGCAAAGUUAUGAAUGUUAUUUUUAAUGCUGUUUCUAUGGAGGAAUUUAAGAGAAUCUCUAAUGUUGAGAUUGCUCAUAUUGCUUGGAAUAUCCUCCAAACUGUGCAUGAAGGUACAAAGGCAGUUAAAAUCAAUAAGUUACAGCAAUUAACAAGUAGAUUUGAAAGCAUUAGGAUGUCUGAUGAUGAGAAGAAAAUCAACGUUUUCUACCCAAGCCACCAUUUUUUCCCUUUCCAAAUUGGUAAGAAAAGAGAAGAGAAAAUGGCAAUGAGAAGAAAAGGUACAAUUUUACGUCCACUUUACGUUCUUUUACUUUGCGCCGGUCUGAUCGCUUGAAAGGAAACAAAGGUAUGAAAAAGAAGUUUGAGUUGUUAAUAUAACAAUUUGGCUAAUAGUACAAUGGGGGUGUAGGGAAAGUCGGUGGUGUUUCAAAGGAGAGUGAAGAAGAAAGUAAAGAGAGUUUUGCUACUACUCCUACUAGUGGAGGAAAAGAGAGGAGGCCUGCCAACAUGCCUUUGGUGAAAGUGGGUGGUUUGGAGCUUUAUCUUUCGCUGGAAUAUUCUUCUUGCCGUUGCGAUAGCUAAGGAAGGGGCUGUGUCUAUGAUCUAGUCUUUGGAAUUUGCUGCCACUUCUGCAGGUUUUGUUUAUGCCCUUACAGUCUCUCCUUCAUCUGUUUGAAUUUUUGUAUAAUGGGUGAUAAAUAAGAUAGGAUGAAAUGAAUUUUACUUCUCUUUUUUCAUAGGCUCUCGAUUACUCCCCUCCAUUAUUGUGACACAUUCUUUUUACAUAAUGGCAUCUGUAAAGUUGGGAUUUACAACUAUAUUUUAUGUUGACUUUAUUUCAUGACAAAAAGUGUUGUAAUUACAUUAAUUUAUUUCCUUGUAUUUUGUGGGAUUUUAUUGUAUUGGGUUUAGUUUAAUUUUUUUAAGUGUGAGCAAAAUUUAGAAAUCUAUGUUUGAUUGUUGUAAAUAGAUCUUUGUGAAUGUUGGCCACCAUAGUCUAGAAGAUCGGUUUUAUUGGGCAAGGUGGGUGCCUAACACCUUCCCACCUUGUAACAUAGCCUCCGAGCUUAGAUCAAGGGUUAAUAGAUCAAAUGCUUAUCCAUGUACUUUUCAAUUUUUAGAUUGUAACUAGGAAACAAAGCAAUGUAAUUUAUCUUAGAUUGUAUCUAGGACCAAAGCCAUGUAAUUUCCUAUGAUCAAUGUAAAUUCAAUUUCAAAUAAAUAAAAUGAG